AUGACGCCUUCUUCGUCUCAAGCGAAUCCCUCCCAUAUCAAUAGUCGGGUUGGUGUCCGUAUGCUGCACCAAGCUCAUGAAGUCAAUCCGAAUCUGUCAUCACCAACGUCUCAGUUUGACCAAAUCCUCAUCACCGACGUCGAUAUUGUCAAAGUCUCGAGAACUGGGAUACACAAGUCCUUCAUCACCGACGUCGGCUUCAACGUCUCAGGAAAUAGGGUACCCAUGUCUCUCAUCAUCAACAUUGACAUUAUUGACGUCUCGGACAAAAGCAUGAUCUCAUCACCGACGCUGUGA